AUGGCCGGAAACGCAUCGACGGCAGUGUUAGACACAUGGCCCACCAAAGACAUUAUAUACGUCUCGGUUCUCGGGCCUAUAUUGCUCGCAGCUCUAUUGGAGUGGUUCCUUUUCCUUGCUGCAUUCAUAUACUGCCUGUUUAAGGUCUACCAAAAGGCAGAUCACUGGAGCAUCAGACUUCUUGCAGUCAUCAUGGCGGUUCUGUUCGUAAUUUUCAGAGGAGUCUUUCUACCUGUUAUGAUCGCCAUUCUUCCUUUGCCCACUCAAGUUACGAAAUAUUUUCCCGGUCAACUCGUGGCUGCAUUGCAGUGGUUUGCAUUCUGGGCCUUUUCAGCACUGCUAAUCAUACCCUGGCUAUUCUGUGUCCACAGAUUUGUGAUUGGCUCUCUGGGUAGGACCAAACGGGUGAAAGAGGCUUUGGAUGACUUCACCGCGCCGAAAACCAUCAUCGUCAUGCCGGUAUAUAAAGAGGAGCCUCAUGUUCUGAUCAAGGCAAUCGACUCGGUGGUCAACAGUGAUUAUCCAUCGUAUUGCAUCCACGUGUUUCUCUCCUACGACGGGUGCAACAUUGAUGAGCCCUACCUUCAAGUGAUCAACCAUCUCGGCAUUCCGAUAGCGCUGGAGAGCUACCCGCAGAGCAUAGAUGUGACAUACCGAGGCGCGAGAGUGACUGUGUCCCGGUUCAAGCAUGGUGGCAAGAGACAUUGCCAGAAACAGACCUUCAGACUGAUCGACAAGGUUUAUGCAGACUAUCUCAAGCACCGCGACGACCUUUUCCUGUUGUUCAUUGACUCGGACUGCAUCCUUGACAAGCUCUGUCUGCAGAAUUUCAUGUACGACAUGGAAUUGAAACCGGGAAGUCAGCACAACAUGCUCGCGAUGACAGGCAUCAUCACUUCUACCACGGAAAGGAACUCGCUCAUUACCGUUCUACAGGAUAUGGAGUAUAUACAUGGCCAGCUUGUUGAACGCACCGUCGAGUCUGGUUGCGGCGCCGUAACCUGCCUCCCAGGAGCCCUGACAAUUUUGCGAUACUCAGCUUUCCGCAAGAUGGCCAAAUAUUACUUUGCGGAUAAGGCCGAGCAAUGUGAAGACCUUUUUGACUACGGCAAAUGCCACCUGGGAGAAGACCGUUGGCUGACACACUUGUUCAUGAUUGGAGCGAUUGAGCGCUACCAAAUCCAGAUGUGUACCAGUGCCUUUUGUAAGACAGAGGCAGUUCAGACUUUCAGCAGCCUCCUCAAGCAGCGGCGUCGAUGGUUCCUUGGAUACAUCACCAAUGAAGUGUGUAUGCUGACCGAUGUCAGACUAUGGAAGCGAUACCCGCUGCUGUGUCUGGUGCGCUUCUUUCAGAACACCAUUAGGACAACGGCGUUGCUCUUCUUCAUUCUGGUGAUUUCGGUCAUGACAACUUCCUGCAAGAUCCAGAACCUUCCAGUGGGCUUCAUUGCGGUCUCGCUGGGACUCAACUACAUUCUCAUGUUCUACUUUGGACUGAAGCUUAAGCGUUUCAAGGCCUGGCUCUACCCGCUGAUGUUCAUCCUGAACCCUUUCUUCAACUGGCUCUACAUAGUCUAUGGGAUCUUCACCGCAGGCCAGCGCACGUGGGGUGGGCCCCGAGCCGAUGCCGCCAAAGCCGACGAGCAUACCACCCCAGAGGAGGCCGUGGAAAAAGCGAGGGCCCAAGGGGACGAGCUGAAUGUCCAGGUAGACACAUUUCGAGCCAAGGCUGAGGAGAAGGGCGUCCCAAUCCGUCCGUCGGCCAAGGUCAAUGGCCGGCUUUCUGUGGCACCGCAGCUUCCUGACCGUUAUGUCGAUCACCAGACUGGUUUGGGGGCCAGCCUGGCCAAAUACAUGACCCCCCUUCCGGAGGUGCCUCGAAUCGGUCUCCACCCAGAUUACUCGCUCGACUCGGUGGCGACGUCGGACUCCGGCGCAAACUCAAUUGCUCUCCCCCAACAUGUGGAUACAUUGAUGAGCCCUGAGGAGCGAGCCAAACUUUAUCUUACGCGCCAGGCACAUGAGUCCACCGGUCUUCUACAGAGCCCAGAUGGUCACGGAGUGGACGUGACUGAUGCUGAGCUACAUUUGCAGCCCAGCGAGCAUCCCAAGACUGAGAAGCCGUAUGAUCUACAUACCACAGGGCCGGAAGCUUGCGUUUCUCAUGGCCAUCCGUCCGUCAUGUCGGCGAGCUCGCCGGAAUUGAUGUUACGGCAAGCCGUAGCAGCUUCACUUUCUGGGGAACUAUCCGAGCCAGAGAAGGGUAGAACGAUUCAAGCUUUACGGCGGCCACGGCUGAAGCGCCAAAGCAGGAUUCCAAGGCAGAUAGGGAGAUCGACCCGGCCGGAAGAUAUGGUCUGAAAUCUGAACGAGUGUAUUCCUUCACCCCAGAUGGUCCAGCGGGGAGGGAUGGAGACGACUGAGCGGGUUGAUGGUGGCAGUCUCAAAAAUAGCACAAGACGCGUCGGACACUUUAUCUGUAACUAUUGAUUGCGC